AGAGACUCCAAGCCACCCGUUAGGAGCUAACCUUUGCAACUCUGAUACCUAUUCCAUCCCUCACUCCAAGAGAGAGAGAGAGAGAGAGAGAGAGAGAGGUUGGGGAUUUCUGGGUUAGGGUUUCUUUCUCAGAGCUUUUGGAAUAUUUUUUGCCAAGGACAUUUCAGCCCAUAUUCUUCCCAAUUCUUUCCGAAAUCGAUUCGGAAAGACAAUUUAGAAUUUACAUUUACAAUCCCAUUUAUUCUUCCUGAAAUUCAAUUGAGUCGUCUGCCUACCAUCUGGAAUCAUGAAGGUCUAUCCUGCUCCCAAGAAAUGCAACAUCUCCACCAUCCGUUAUGAACUGGACCCGAGCCUCUCGUCUUCAAGGCAGAAGAAGCUCCGUCGGCUCCCUCACAUCUUCAACCGGGUGCUUGAAUUGCCUUUCCACUCCGACGCCGACGUCUUGGUACAAGAGACCCCCGAAUCUUUCCGCUUCGUUGUAACGUCUGAUGAUAUCACCGACGAUGUCCGGGCCCACAUAAUCAGUAUAUGCCCUGGGGCUACUAAGAUCGUGAUCAUGGGGAGUAACGUCUUUGAUCUGACAUUGGCUGGGUUGGAGCUCGAUUUGUGGAGGUACAGGCUGCCUGCAACGACACGGCCAGAGCUCGCCAGCGCCGCCCAUGUCGAUGGGGACCUCAUCGUAACUGUCCCGAAGGGUGCAGUGUCUGAUGAUUCUGAUGGCGGGGAAGAGAUUAUUGGGGGUGGCAUCGGUCGUAUUGUCUUUGUACAGUAAUUUCCUCCUCCUUUCAUUUCUGCUCCUCUGCAAGUUACAGUGUUUUCUUCUUCUAAGCUUAUGCUUAUUUAAUAGAAUAUGAUUAGAUGUUUGUUGGUUUGAUAAGUCUAUUGCUGUAAUUGUAUGAGGAGGUGUUCUUGAUCUUCAUCACCAAAUUAUAUGGGUUUCCACUU